AUGAGCGCAGGGGCGUUUCACACAAUGUCUCGCCUUUCCGACAAAAACAGCGAAGUGACUGUGUCUCUGACACACGCAGGCGAGAGUGUUGCGCGAAAGGGUUCUUUGGGUGCUGUGACUGCCGUGGAUAUAGACCCCAUGGGUGAUAGCGGACACGCUCGCAUACCGAGCUCCAAAUCUAGCGGGCCUGGCUCGUCGAUGAAGGCGCGCAGCCUAGCGGCUGGUCAGGUUAACCGAAUAGUGGAUGGGGCACUGCCUGAGGGGAUAUCCGUGUCGCGUGACGCGCGCAUAGCGCUGCAGAAGUGCGCCACAAUCUCAUUUUUCUACCUUGCUUGCCUGGGUGAUGCCAGUCGCAAGGCCACGGGAUCCACUCGCACCACGUUGAACGUGCAGGACAUCCGCGGAGCCAUGGAGGCGGCGGGGAUGGCGCACCUCUUGCCCCUCAUGUCAACGGCAGCGAAGCGCGGACGGGACUGA